AUUAAUAAUAUUAAUAAUAAUAAAACGUCUAUUUUCAAAUACCAAAAUAUUCGUCCAACUGACCACACCCGCGUUUUCUCUCCUCUCUCUCUCUCUCUCUCUCAACUCAGUUCACCUUUUGACUGCUCUGACCAUGCUCUCCUCCGCAACCACCAACCACCACCACCACUGACGGCGGCUCAGCCGCAAUACUCUCCUUCUUCCUCCUUGAAAAAAAUUCCUGCUCUUUGGUAUGGGGAACUGCAACGCGUGUAUAAGACCUUCAGAAUCGGAGCCCCCAACCCCCAAACCUCAAACCCCAAAACCAAACAAAAGAAAUCGGGAACGCUACCCUAACCCUUACGCCCAAUCCCCUUCUCCGAUCCGCGUGCUCAAGGACUUUUCUCCGGGAACCAGAAUCUCCGACAAGUACGUGAUCGGCGGCGAGCUCGGCCGCGGCGAAUUCGGGAUCACCUACCUCUGCACCGACCAGGACACGCGCGAGGCACUCGCGUGCAAGUCGAUCUCGAAGAAGAAGCUCCGGACGGCGGUGGACAUCGAGGACGUCCGCCGCGAGGUGGCGAUCAUGUCGAGCAUGCCGGAGCACCCGAACAUCGUCAAGCUCCGCGCCACUUACGAGGACAGCCAGGCGGUGCAUCUGGUGAUGGAGCUCUGCGAGGGCGGCGAGCUCUUCGACAGGAUAGUGGCGCGUGGGCACUACAGCGAGAGGGCGGCCGCCGGUGUUGCCAAAACGAUCGCGGAGGUGGUGCGGAUGUGUCAUCAGAACGGCGUGAUGCACAGGGAUUUGAAGCCUGAGAAUUUCCUCUUUGCUAACAAGAAGGAGAAUUCGGCGCUCAAGGUCAUCGAUUUCGGGCUGUCGGUGUUUUUCAAGCCCGGCGAAACAUUCACCGAGAUUGUGGGAAGUCCAUACUAUAUGGCACCGGAGGUUUUGAAGAGAAACUACGGACCUGAAGUCGAUAUCUGGAGUGCUGGCGUUAUUCUUUAUAUUUUGUUGUGCGGUGUACCUCCAUUUUGGGCUGAAACCGAACAAGGUGUUGCACUGGCAAUUCUCAGAGGAGUGAUUGAUUUUAAGAGGGAACCAUGGCCACAGGUUUCUGAGAAUGCAAAAAGCUUAGUUAGACAGAUGUUGGAGCCGGAACCCAAAAAGCGUUUGACAGCUCAACAGGUGCUUGAUCACCCGUGGAUACAGAAUUCGAAGAAGGCAUCAAAUGUUCCGUUGGGAGAUAUUGUCCGAGCAAGACUGAAGCAGUUUUCUGGUAUGAACAGAUUCAAGAAGAAAGCAUUGCGGGUAAUUGCGGAACAUUUAUCCGUUGAAGAGGUAGAAGUAAUUAGAGAUAUGUUUGCAUUGAUGGAUACUGACAAUGAUGGGAAGGUAACGUACGAGGAACUAAAAGCCGGUCUGAGAAAAGUUGGUUCACAGCUGGCGGAACCCGAGAUAAAGUUGAUGAUGGACGUGGCUGAUGUAGAUGGAAAUGGUAUAUUGGACUAUGGCGAGUUUGUAGCAGUCACUAUCCACUUACAGAGGAUGGAGAACGACGAACAUAUCCGAAGAGCAUUUAUGUUCUUCGAUAAAGAUGGAAGUGAAUAUAUUGAACUGGAUGAGCUAAGAGAAGCUUUAGUGGAUGAAUCGGGCGAAUUCGAUGUUGACGUUCUCAAUAACAUUAUGCAUGAAGUUGAUACAGACAAGGACGGGAGAAUUAGCUACGACGAGUUUGUUGCAAUGAUGAAAACGGGAACGGACUGGAGAAAGGCAUCACGUCAGUAUUCAAGAGAGAGGUUCAAGAGCCUGAGUUUAAAUCUGAUGAAAGAUGGCUCGCUGCACCUCCACGAUGGAGUUACUGGUAAAACUGUUGUGGUUUAAAAGUUCCGAUCUCCUAAUUGCAAGCUAAACCCGAGCUUAAUAUUGAUCAUAGAAAAAUCCGAGGCUUUUGAAGUAGGAACGACUUCGAAAAAAGAGCUUCAGAUAUUAGUUAUUACAUCAGUUGGACAUUUUGUGAAUGCUUAGUUUCUUUAUGUUCUUCUUGUUGUUCAUAUGAUGUGUAGAAAGAAAACAUGUUUCGUAGGUACAGAGGUUGUUCGUGUUUGUGUUGUAUAUUUCCACGUAGUGUCUGUAUUCUCAUUUUGUCGUCUUCAUAUGUAUCUCAUUUGUAAUUUGGAAAGAUCCAUUAAUUGAAUUUGUGUUAUUACGGUUUCUAAAACCGGAUCGAACAUAGAAUCAAGGGUUUCGUGUGUUGAAUUUAACUAA